ACCAGACAAUACCGCACCCCGAAAGAUUCGAAUCAAUCGGUUCGCGAUCAAAAGAAAAGAUGAGCAUGGAAGAACAAGACACAUCGUCGACAUCGUCGUCAUCGUCGUCGGACACAGAAGAACAAAAGCCGAUGGCACAGAACACAAAUGACAAAACCGAGCAACGCACCCACGACCCGAACAAGAAGAACGCCCAGGCCAGCUCAAACGCCAUGUCUGCGAAACAAAAUUCAAAUAGCAACAAAAACAAAAAGCGCAAGCGAAAACGAAUCUCGGAGGAGGAAGAGCAGCAAGAACUCCUCAAAGUUCAGAUGGAGCGAUACGAUCGGCUCCUCUACACGGCCCAAAAACAGCUGCACAAGGCUGCGAAGCAAACCAAGACAUUUCUUCUCCAAAAACAGAUUCGAAAACAGAGCGACAAGAAGAGCAAGAAGCAGAAGAGUGCGGAUAAGGACAACGACAAGGACAAGGACAACGACGGUCAGCAAACAGGAGCCUCAAACGAGCCGCCACAGAGCGGUAAUAAUACGGAAGCGGUGCUGCUACAAAAAGCGCUUGACCUUAACGUCGUAACCAGCCAGGCUAUUCGGCAGCUAGGUCUAUACCACUGCGAUCCGCGGUUCAAAAUGGCAACGAUGGAAACGGAGGAGGCUCCCGGCGAUGACGACGACGAAAAAGACAACCAGAACAUCUACAACAAACMACGAGCAAAUGCAGACGACAACCAUGGCAGCGAAGGCAGCCAGACCAGCUCAAAACGGAGAAAACACAACAAAACGACCAAGAACCAGCAGAACAUCUCGACCGCCCCCCCAACCAUUCCGGCACCCCUUGCCCCCAGCGAUCCACAAAAGCCCCUGGUAGAUGCGGUCCUGACGCACAAGCGCUUUGCCAAGUCGCUGGAAGAAUGGAACGAGAAGGUCACCGAGUACCGGAGGUGGUGCAUGAGGCUCGAACAGCGGAACAAUCCAAGCCCCUUUGCCGACGAGGACUUUGCCGCUAUGAGCCGCAAACAGAAAAAGAAGACGAAGAAAAAGCAACGGCAGAACGGGGACCAGGCGGGCGACGCCAUUGGUCUCCAGGCGACCGUUGAAAACGAGUCUUCCCUCUUUUGCACACUGGGCCAGACCGAACCCGAGCCCGCAGACCACAAGUACUCCGCCUACGGGCCCGGUGCUACCAUGGAGGCCUUUCCGAUGCUCAAGAAGAAAAACCGAAAGGGCCAGCGCCAGCGGCGCGCCAAGGCGAUGGCCAUCGAGGCCAAAAAGGCCGGUCGAUCCCACGAGAACUACCAGAGCGUAAACUGGAGAGAGCCCAAGAAGGCCAGGGAGGAAGGCGAUGACCAGCAGCACGAUGGCGACCAACGGCACGCCCGCAAAAGCCGGGGUCGGGGGAAAGAGAGGAACCGCAACCUCCAGCGUGCAUCUUCGGAAUCGAAGGCCAACAACCACCACCACGACAGUUAUAAAACGAAUCAGCACAAGCAACAACAGCAACAGCAAGAAGCAGUCGAAGCGCAUCCAUCCUGGGCCGCAAAGCAAGCCCAAUCGACGGGAAUUGUGGCAUUCCAAGGAAAAAAGAUUACCUUCGAUUGAAUGGAAUGGGAUUCAAUCCAACACUUGUCGUGAUACAUCAACUGAUGGUAAAAUCACAUGGAUAUACCAAAACAGGCCCUCUCUAAGUAUAUAUUGCAAUUGCGUCAGCUACUUUCACCUAAUGCAAUCUUCAUGGUGCUGGUGACUGCAUACAUUUAAAAUACAUCUGUUAAGCACAA